AUGGGUAGCUCAGGUCCCACAUCUGUCCUUUUGACCAUCCUUAACGUGGUACAAGUGAUUCUCGGAUUCGGGAUCACUUGCGUAGCCCUCUGGUUCUUCGUCGAAGUCUACAACAUCACAAGUUUAAGAAAUUCAAACCAUUAUCUACUGGAUUACAAGCUAUACUGGCCUCAAGCAAUACCAUGGGUGUUUAUUCUCGCCGGCCUCCUUGUAAUUUGUGUAUCGGGCUGUGGUUUUGUUGGUGCUAAGAAGAAGAGCAGUGGCUUUGUGACAUUGUUCAUCGCGUUCGAAGUGACAGCUAUCUUGGCUCUGAUUGCAGCGGCGAUCGUGGCAUUGACGCUCGCCGAUACAAACUCCACGGCAGCGUUUAUGAAAGACGCCAUUUGGGAUGUGUAUACACAUAUGAGGUCAGACAGAUCGGUUGAGACGGCUUUCGGCAAUUUCGAGAAGCGUUUCCAGUGCUGCGGUGCGGAAGGACCGAGGGACUACAAGAAUUGGAGGGAUGAAUUCCCAAUUUCAUGCUGCGACACGUACUACCACGGAUUUAUUGGUUCAUAUGCCAUCGACUGUGAUUUCUCAAAUAAGCUGGCGAACGAGAGAUACGGUUGCGCCAAAGUGGUUAUUAAUUACACCAGUAUAAUCAUCAAAGUUUUGGCGGGAGCUGCGAUUUUCACCGCGUUUAUUGGUAUCAUGAAUUUGGUCGUUGGAGUAACAUUAUCGAGAAGCCUCAAGAGGAAGCCCAGGCAAGUGGUGCAGAUGGAAUCGGAAAGCAAGAAGGUGUUAUUGUAG